AUGGAUACAAAUACGUUCAACGACACUACUCUACAACAAUUAAAUAAUAUUAAUAUUGAUGAUGAUCAUCUACUACGUACAACAUUAUUUUGCCGACGAUCAAAAGGACCUAUUAUGUUCAAUGGCUGUAGUCCACUUGGUGAUGUAAUUAUAAUUGAUAAUAUAAGUUCAAAGAAAACAUAUGAUUUAUCUGGAUGGUCGAUUGAACGUCAAGUAGAAUCAAAACCAAAAUUAUAUUUUGAAUUUCCAUCUGGCUUUAUAAUUCCGUCUCAAGCAACUGUUGAACUUUGGGCAUCUGAACACUAUUCUCACUCUAAUAAAUAUAUACAAGAAAAGAGUGAUGAUGGACAUCUAAUAAUUCGUAUUCAGAUGACAGUAAAAUCUUGGAAUGAAGCCCACGAGUUUAGUACUACAAAACUAUUUGAUACGUCUAAACGUGAACGUGCAAUUUUCACCCAUCGAACAUUGUCAGAACAAUCGGUUGAAUAUAAUAACCAGAUUAAUUCUACUAUAAAAGCUUGA